AUGGUAGGAGAGGAAAUUGGGUCAUAUAAGGAUAUGGAGGAAAGAAAGGGUGAAGUUUUUUUUAAUAAGAUGGAUAGAUUAAGAUAUUACCAACUGAAGAACUUUUUUGAAAGCCUUCCAAAACCUAUAAGAACUAGAAAAGACUGGAAUCCGUUCGAGAGAAUUUUUGAGUUACGGGGAAAUGGUAGACAUGGAACGGCAAAAAUACACAAGAUAUUAAUGGAACUUGACACAGACACAAAAUGAAUGCACAUAGAGAAAUGGGAAAGAGAUAUGGGAAGAAAAAUAGAGGAGGAGGAGAAGAAGAAGAUGUUCACAUUAAUUCACGAAAAUAUUAGUAUGAGAGAAGUGGAAAUAAAUUAUAAGUGUUUGAAUAGAUGGCACAUUACCCCUUACCUGGAGCACAAGAUGAAUGCGGAAAUUUCACAGAUGUGUUGGAGAGAUUGUGGAGAGGUGGGCACGUGGUAUCAUAUGUGGUGGGAGUGUUCAGAAAUACAGGUGUUUUGGCGAAGGAUGGUUUACUUGAUAGGGAAGAUUACAAAAAUCAAUAUAGGAUUAGACCCAGAAUUAUGCCUCCUCCAUAUCUCAGAACUCCCAGUGAAAGUAUAUAAAGGGUCAGGGAUAUGGUACUACUUAACCGCAGCAAAGAGCUUGAUACCCAGGUACUGGAAGAAAAGAGAGGUGCCAACUGAGGAAGACUGGAUGGGUAGAGUAAACCAGAUUUCUGGGACAGAAAGAUUGUAUUAUACGCACAAGGAUAAGCUGGAGAUGUACAAUAAAAAAUGGAAAGGAUGGGUAGAAUAUAAAGAAAUGGCGAAAAAGGUGAAGAGAUAA